AUGGGAAGCAUCGCAGAACCUCACGUAGAUACCGUCGCGCACCUCGAAAGCAUAUGUGCUGGCUUUCUGAAUGCACUCAACGAACGUCGACUGGAUCCGAACGAUGCGGAGUGGCAGCGCAUGUCAAAGCACAUCCGAAUAGCAUUAGACCAUGCUUUUCGACAGGACCUUCCAGGUCUGAACGACCCAGAACGACUCGUAACCUUGUCCGAGUGGCUAGACUCAUGGAAAAAGAUCUUCGAUCGCCUGCCCACCUAUAGGUACCGACUCUUGGAUAUGGCCACUGUUCUCGAUUCUAAGGGCGGCCAUGCCAUCGUCUAUAUGAACAAGGAAAUGACCGGUGACCCAGAAGGCGUUAUCACACAGAACUUCGGCAUCUGCGAAUUUAUGUACAAAGCCGCAGAGAAAAAGUGGCUUUGCACGAAUGUCAGGUGCGUUCGCGGCCUUCGCGAAUACGAUCCUGCUCCUGCCCUUGACGAUAUCGAUUCACCUUCGCAUUGUGCUGCCGUGCUUACGGCCAAGGGAACAAGAAGCAGGCUUGAGCGCCAGCUGGUGGAACAGUCGUGA